AUGUCUUCUCUGAUACUCCAUGGAAGAAGGUUGGUCCAGUUGCAGAAAUGUCGUCACUUGAGAUUUGCCGCGAGCCCUUUGCAAAAGGCGUCUGCUUUUUCCUUCUCCUCUGCAGCUGUGAGCCUUGGAGAUGGUCAAAAAGGUCAGAACUUUACAGUCUCUUACCUCGUUAAGUCUCUGGGUUUGACUACAAAACUCGCUGAAUCGAUCAUUAGGAAAGUCAGUUUGGAGGACAAGGGAAAUCCUGAUUUCGUUCUGAAACUUCUUACAAGUCAUGGAUUCACAGAUUCUCAGAUCGGCGACAUUGUUACGGAUUAUCCACUACUGCUUACAACAGAUGCUGAGAAAUCUCUUGGUCCAAAGCUUCAGUUUUUACAGUCUAGAGGAGAAGCUCAAGCUACUACAAGCUCUGCGCUCACAGAGAUUGUUUCUAAAUUUCCAAAAAUCUUGGGAGUCAAAAAGGACAAAGCUUUGAGCGUAUACUAUAAUUUCGCCAAGGAGAUUAUCAAAGCGGAUAAGAGUUUCGAGCACAAGAAGUUAUGUCCUUCUUUUUUUGCCAGAGGGUAG